AUGGGUGUCGUUUCAAGCACAGCCGGACACGGGGGAGGAAAUAAUGGCAAAGACAAAAAUCAGCAAAUCCAGCAAGACGGCGAUGAUCACAACAGGCAGGACGAUGGCGGCCACUCCCAGACUCUCUGGAUUUUGAUCUUCAGGGGUUACCCUCGCGAUAUCCAGAGCACCCGAGUCACCGAGUUAUAUAUCGUCUUUGACGAGAACGAGAGCAAAAACCUCACCAUCCGAAUCAAAGGUCAACACCCAAACUUUACCGUAGAAGAGGUGUGGAACCAACCUCAUCCCCGAACCAGGCUGCAUUUCUACCGACGACUAGCGGUCGCGACAGUUGAGACCAGUUCGGAACUUGAUAUGAGACUACGCGACGCAAUUUUGGGCUCCCAAGUGAAUAAUACCGAGUCGGAUUGGACGUGUCAGAGUUGGGUUGGGGAUGUCUUGACGACGCUGCAGGAUGCAGAGCUCAUAACCGACGAAGAGGGCGAUAACGCUUUGAACGGGAUGGUGAAUUACAUUGCCCGCGCUCCGUGGCAAUGA